AUGAGGAGCCCAUUCGUAGCAUUCGCAGUGAUCUUAUCACUACUGACCUCCCCAUUAUCAGCACUCGAUCUCGAUGUCAACGAUGAAGACUCCAUCAGGAGCGCCGCCAGCACAAUUGCAUAUGGCCUGGUCAAAUACUACUCGGGAAAUGUCACGAAUACACCCGAGACUAUCGGGGUCCUUCCAAAGCCUCAUUAUUGGUGGCAGUCUGGCGCAAUGUGGGGGUUAUUGUUGGACUACUAUCACUACACCGGCGACCCUACAUACCACAGCAUUACGACGCAAGCUAUCCUUUCGCAACUUGGCCCCGAGUACGACUUCAUGGUGCCUAUGUACUUCUUGAGCGAAGGGAACGACGACCAAGCUUUCUGGGGAUUCGCUGCGAUGUCGGCAGCAGAGAGAAACGACACGCAGCCUCCUAUUGGCAAUUACACCUGGGUCCAAAUUGUCGAGAAUUUGUGGAACACGCAGGCUCGGCGUUGGGACAUGGCAACUUGUGGCGGAGGACUGAAAUGGCAGAUUUUCUCUUAUAACAAAGGUUAUAACUACAAGAAUACCGUCUCGAACGCAGCAUUCUUCCAAAUCUCCGCACGACUGGCUCGAUUUACUGGUAACCAGACCUAUGUCGAAUGGGCUCACAAGGUAUAUGAUUGGAUCUCAAGUUCUGGUCUGCUGGAUAGUGGCUACCAACUUCUCGACGGUGCGGAAGACACAACAAAUUGUACGAAAAUAAAUGGGAUCAUCUGGACAUACAACAACGCCAUUUUCUUAUAUGGUUCCGCAGUCAUGUAUAAUCACACCGACGGAUCAAGCCUCUGGGCCGAAAGAACUCAAGGAUUAUUGGACGCUUCUAAUAAUUUCUUCGGUCCCUUUCAGAACUCUACCAAUAUCAUGUACGAGCCAGCCUGCGAGACCGCCGGCACCUGCAAUACGGACCAAUUUUCCUUCAAGGGUUACCUCUCGAGAUUCAUGUGGAAAACGACGGUCCUAGCCCCCUUCACCCAGAACUCCAUCUCCGCGCUCUUGACAGCGUCCUCUCAAGCGGCUGCAAGGUCCUGCUCUGGCGGAACUAACGGGGUCACUUGUGGAACUCGCUGGUACGUCGAUGGCUGGGAUGGCAAGUACGGCGUCGGUCAACAAAUGAGCGCUCUCGAGACCAUCCAGGGCUUACUCAUCAGUAAGAGCGUGCCACCUCUGCGUUCCGAAGAUCUGAAAGUGGUGGCCAUUCCUUCUGCUCCAUCGACGCCUUCAGCAGCCCCGCUUGCCACGAAAACCGAAAUCGCAAGUCCGACGGCGUCGAAGAAUAGCGGAGCUAGCAGCAGCAGCAUCGGCCGUGACAGUGAGCAUCUGUUGUUCGUGACAGGUGUCUUCCUUGGCUUGAAGCUGAUGCUAGAUCUCUAG